AUGGAGACCACCGUCAACGGAAUGCAACCAAAAAAAAUCGAAAGUCUAGCCGAUCAUGCUAGUAAUCUGACAGAUGAGAUGCUGACAGAGAAUAAGCAACAGAUACAAGAAAUGUUGGCCGUCCUAUACUCAAUGAUUCAAAGUCAGAAGCAGACCAUGGCGAAAGCGCUGCAGGAUACGAUGGCAUAUUCAACAACCUCCCGAACAGAACCCAAAAAACAGCUUCGAUAUCGCAAUGUUAUGAACUGGUGGAAAGAGCGCGACCUCACAUGCCUUUCAGCCCAUGGCAGUCAGAAUCUCGGGGCCUGGAGAGCAAGCCCAUCUGGAAACGGAAGUCCACCCUCGGCCGCAAUUUUCGGAGGGUUUCAAUCACAAGGUUCGCUCUUGCAACGCGCAGAUGCACGUCUUAGAGCUCAGUCGGAGACUUCGACCGUCGAGCAGCAAAGAGAAUCAUUGACCGACCCAACAUCCAACUUUAGCAGCUACGUGAGAUCUGCCAUUAGCACACUUCCCGAAGGACGUAAACGCAAAUUGAAAAUUCAAGCUGACUUGACCUCGGAGGGGCUCUCCUUCGACAGUGGCCUCAAUUCUGAAAGUGGCUACGAUGACGACUCGGAUUGUGGACUACUUAUGGGCCCGGUGGCCGGAGCUUCGUGGCGAGCAACAAUUGUGCCUUUGUCAAGCGCAAGCCUCGGAAACUACGGUGUUGACGUUGGGUCUUGGAGUAAAUUCCCAAGGCCUGAUAUAUCCGCUGCAGCAAGGCUGUAA